AAACUUGCAAAUGCUUAUUUUUACGCCCAUAGGUAGAGUUUCUCAAGACCGGGUUGAGUUGGUUUAGAGGACGGGGAGAGAAGCUCAGCAAACAGGAAACCUAGCAAAAAAAAAAAAAAAAGAGUGAUAAAAGAAGUUACGUAAGAAAGACGUAGAGAGAAAGACAAAACAUAUUGCGAGGAAAAACAUAGGAAAGCGCGAGCGUAGUGUUUUGUUUUUCUUUAACGCGGCGGGAGAGCGCGCGACCGGGCGACAAGGAAGACUAAAGCAAACAGGCGUGUGGAUAACGAGCUCAUCGCACCCCUCACUGGGGGGGUAGAAUGGAAACGAUCGUCUGUGUCCUGAACCGCAGCGCCACGGCACCAUGAAGAAAGAAAUGAGUUUAAACCUGGACGACCAGAACAGCUCGAACCUCAAGCCGGAUUUGCGGGACGCGGAAGGCAUACUCAGCUCCCAGGACCUGGGGCUCCUAAAGCUGGCCUCGCCUGAGCUGGAGAGGCUGAUCAUCCAGUCCAACGGCAUGGUCACGACGACCCCGACCUCUCAGUUCGUCUACCCGAAACCGGUGAGCGACGAGCAGGAGUUCGCAGAGGGUUUCGUGAAAGCCCUGGAGGACCUGCACAAGCAGAACCAGCUGAACGGCGGCGCGGCGACUCUCAACCGCCUCGCAACAGGCGCCGCUCUCGCCUUGCCGUCCGACCUUCCGGUCUACACGAACUUGAGCACGUAUGGAGGCGGUGCGCUGGGCACAGCUGUGAACUACUCCACGGACACGAUCCCUUUCCCGCCGCCGCCAGCGUCCUCAGCGUCGUCGUCGCACGCGAACACGCCGACCGCGCAGCAGGCCACGCACGCGCGGAUCCGUUCGCCCAAGGACGAACCGCAGACCGUCCCCGACGUGCAGAGCUUCGGCGAGAGUCCGCCUCUGUCACCCAUCGACAUGGACACGCAGGAGCGCAUCAAGGCCGAGCGCAAGAAGCUGCGCAACCGCAUCGCGGCCUCCAAGUGCCGCAAGAGGAAGCUGGAGAGGAUCUCGCGCCUGGAGGACAAAGUCAAGACGCUGAAGACGCAAAACAGCGAGCUCGCGUCCACCGCCAGCGUGUUGCGCGAGCAGGUCGCGCAGCUCAAACAGCGGGUCAUGAACCACGUGAACAACGGCUGCCAGCUGCUGCCCACCCAGGUGCAGGCGUACUGAGGAUGCUUUUCACUCUCAUCAGAGCUGUGCCAACAGAGCGGACACUGAUUUUGGUGCUCAUGUACAUAAGAGACAUUUUUUUAUAUACACACACACGCACACACACACACACGCACACAUGUUUACACCAUUUUGUAGCAAAUGAACUGAUAUGAACUCUUUGAGAACUAACCCUCCCUCUGGAGCUUUGCUUACCUGCAGAGUUCAUUUCCUGUAUGCAUCUAAUAAAACAUGGCAUAAGAUCAAAGGAGUGAGAAGAGAUUAGUUGAUUCAGGCGUGUUAUAUGGUUUAAACUAAACAGCAGGAAGGUAGGCCUAAACCUGUCUUACUGACUGCAAGUCUACGACAAUUGCAUUUACACUACUACGUGUCAUAGGUCUCAGGGUCUGGGCCUAGCUACCUGAGACAGGAGAAGACUUAAAGCAGCAGCAGUGUUUUGCAUGAUAAUGAUAAUGAGACAAACUCAAUGAGUGCAACCAAACACAGAUGUCGUGCAUGCACACUUCAUGUGUAAAGCCUUAAUUGUGUAAAAACACUUAUUAACCAAUGACCUUAUCUAAUUUAUAUACAGCUAUUCACACAAUGUCUUAUUUCUUGCUGUUGUGACCUGUCAUUGAUUUACUUGUUUAUUUGACACAUGUCUGAGUACCGCCUUCAAGAUUUCUUGAAAUACUGUCAAAUAAAAGUGAUAUUGUAUUUGC